UUAAGUUGGCAUCUAAUUUUUGUUUCUAAUUGUGAGACGCAGUUGCUUCAGUCUUUAUAAAUACGUGAUAGCGGUAAUAUCUGUUCUGAAUUCUAAUAUUUUUAUGUGUUUCUCAAGUCUUGGUGAAGUUUCGAUCGUCUCAGUCGGUGUUCGUUGUCAGUGUUCAGUGCUCAGUAUUAAGAUUAAAAUUUACCAUCGAGAAAAAUAAUUUAUCAAUAGUUCAAUUAAAAAAUGGAACAAUAUUUGAACAAUUCGAUAAGCGAUCUAAAAACUCAAGCUAAUGUCAUCGCGAGAUACAUGCAAUUUUGUUACGUUGUGCAAUUAAACAAUAGCUACCGGAUAGCAAGUACUCGACAGAAUUUAGUAAAUAUAAUAAAAAAUAAAAGCAUAUUUCCAGACAUUCCAGAUUUUUUAAAAUUUGUGGUACAUCAAAACCGAUUAGAAAUAUUUGUAUUUCUGCGGGAACAAGCAGAGUUCAAUAUCCACGAGGAAAGAAUUGUCGACGGUAAUUAUUCCAUGCUUCAUUAUCUUAUCGAAAAAAUAACUAUCGAUGUCCAUGUGUUGCCCAUUCCCGAAAAAACCAAGGCCAUUAUUAAUUAUUUUUUGGAAACUGCAUCGGAAAAUCAUUGCGACGGUCACGGAUACACGUACCUUCACGCGGCCUGUCUCGCCGACCACGUCGAGGCAGUCCAGCGAUUCGUGAGCGCCUGCGUGGACGUCGAUCUCGACACAUGGAGGCUCUCGCCGUUGCAGGUCGCCGUCCACUACAGGCGCCCGAAUAUCGUGCGAAUUUUGUUGGAGAACGGAGCAGACCCGAAUCGACUGGACGAUCGAGGCGGGUCGACUGCCUUGCACGCGCUCGCCCAUCUUCGCGUGUGCGACUGUUCCAAGUACUGCCGGUAUUCGAAAGACGAGGACGGACCGAUCGACGCGAUCUUGGAUUUACUCAUUGCCAAAGGAAUGAAUAUCGAGGCUCAAAAUCGUCUGGGCUCGACUGCUUUGCAAUGGGCAGUUUCUCACUUGGAUUACGAGCUAACGAGGUCUCUUCUGAAACGAGGCGCGAGUCUCGACCCUUUGAGCAAGCAUAUGUCGUUCAACCUAUUUCCAAUGCACGCAUUGAUUAACUAUCCCGUCAUUUUUCACUUUGUCGAGAUGAUACGAUUAUUGGUGGCGAACGGAUUCGUGUUCGACUUCUACACUCGACACGAGAUUUUGAAGUUUUGGAUUGAAACUCGAUCAAAAGAUACCGAAGUAUUCAUUUCUGAAAUCGAUGAAGACGACUACAUGAUUCCAUCGUAUGAGGCUACUCGUAAUUACCUACUCAUUCAUGAAAUGUUUGGCUUUUACGCCGAACCGAAAACUGUCGAACGCUUGCGUAAACAUCUCCAACAAAUUGCCAACUAUCGCAGCGUAGCGAGAGCAGAAAAAGUCGAACAACUCACGGAUCAAUGGGAAACCGAAGCGGCCCAAUUGAAAAGUAUCAUGAUCAACGAAGACAUCUCGCUGUAUCAAAUUUGCCAAAUGAAUUAUAGCAAGGCAUCUCGUAUCUUAAAAAAAAAGAUGGAUUGGCGUUUGCCAACGCUCGACGGCAUGGACAAAUUGAGUCUCAUCGUAAAGAAACACAUAGCAAGAGCUUUCAUGAGGACACAAUUCGAAAUGUUCGUAGCCGAUCUGUAUACGACGGAUUAUUGUAAACUGAACCUGCCGUAUACCGUUUGCCGCGAAAUUGCGGAGCACACGAGUGACGAAGAUCUGUUCCGUUUGGUCGAGCAGACGAACGACGAGGAGCUAUUUAAGGAGGUUUGGAGGUCUCAGAGAGGGACGAAGCGGGACGUAUGGUGGCACCUAUGUUUUCCCUGGUAAAAAAUCGAAACUGACAACUUCGAAAUAACACAAAAUCAUUUUGAAGAGUUCUUUUCGAUAUUUUAGGCGUGAAACAAUAUUCUAUUUGUGAUUAGAGUCAAAUAAGCACAUAUUUUUGUUAGGAUACGCACAAAGACCCACGAAUUUUUACACACAAUUUAUUUCUCGAUAACUAAACGGUCUAUUCGUAAUUAAAUUUCCUAUUAUACGUACGUAUUUUCAGUUUUUGUUUUUUUACAUUAUUUUUGUGCUCAUUGAAAGUCGUAAAUUCAUGAUUUCUCACAAGAAACCUUGUUGAAAGGUCUAAACAAUUUAACAAAAUUUUACGGUGAAAAGUUUUAUUUUGAUAUCAACAAACAGAAUUCAACUUGGCUGCAUUUUGAAUGAGACCUCCGAACGUCCUUAAGAGAAAGUAGAUGACAGUGCGUCGAAACAAAUAAUCUUAUUUUUACAAGAAUCUUUUCAAGGAUUCUGAUAAUUGUAUGCCUCUGUCUAAAGAUACAUUGUAGACGAUGUUAUAUAAUUGCGAAUGAUGUGAUAUAGAUAAAAAUUUUGUAAAAGCAACCUUUAGCAAUAAUUUUAGUAAUAAAAUCUGUAAAUAUCAAUGUCCCGAAUACGCAUCGUACUUUCGAUACAAAUAAAUAUUCUCGCAACAAUAUGCUCCGUGACAUUUUUCCUUUUUUUUUUUUGUCGAUUCCUAUCCUAUAUCCAGUCCGAUCAUCGCGGACAGAUACGGAUACGCGCCCGUACGUAUAUGAUAAUAAACAUCAUUUUUAUUGACUACAGUAAAACAAGGUGACUUUCUCAUUUUCGAUAACGUGACGAUGGCAGCGGCAGCAAAAGCAGCAAAACCAAGUAUACUAGAUUUAGCUUCGGCGCUCGAACUCGUUAAAGUUAUACGAGCCAAAAAAGAAACAAUAAUAAUAAUAAUAAUAAUAAUCAUUCCAUUUUCUUUCUACCUUUUAGC